AUGAGGGAGUGCAUCUCCGUCCACAUCGGGCAGGCCGGCAUCCAAGUCGGCAACGCGUGCUGGGAACUUUACUGCCUCGAGCACGGCAUCCAGCCUGAUGGCCAAGUGCCUGGAGACAAGACCGCGGGACACCACGAUGACGCCUUCAGCACCUUCUUCAGCCAGACUGGUGCAGGGAAGCACGUGCCCCGUGCAAUCUUCAUUGAUCUUGAGCCCACUGUGAUCGACGAGGUGCGCACUGGCACUUACCGCCAGCUCUUCCACCCUGAGCAGCUCAUCAGCGGCAAGGAGGAUGCUGCUAACAACUUUGCCCGUGGCCACUACACAAUUGGCAAGGAGAUUGUUGAUCUGUGCCUUGACCGCAUCCGCAAGCUCGCUGACAACUGCACCGGGCUUCAGGGCUUCCUGGUCUUCAAUGCUGUUGGUGGUGGAACCGGCUCUGGCUUUGGUUCACUCCUCCUUGAGCGCCUGUCUGUGGAGUACGGUAAGAAAUCCAAGCUGGGCUUCACUGUGUACCCAUCUCCCCAGGUGUCAACCUCUGUUGUGGAGCCCUACAACAGCGUGCUCUCCACCCACUCCUUGCUGGAGCACACAGAUGUCUCCAUCCUGCUCGACAAUGAGGCCAUCUAUGACAUCUGCAGGCGCUCGCUCGACAUUGAGAGGCCCAACUACUCCAACCUGAAUCGCCUUGUGUCUCAGGUGAUCUCAUCACUUACUACUUCCCUGAGGUUCGAUGGUGCCCUCAAUGUGGAUGUGAAUGAGUUCCAGACCAACCUGGUUCCUUACCCGAGGAUCCACUUCAUGCUCUCCUCAUACGCGCCAGUGAUCUCUUCGGCGAAGGCCUUCCACGAGCAGCUGUCGGUGGCAGAGAUCACCAGCAGCGCGUUCGAGCCGGCUUCCAUGAUGGUCAAGUGCGACCCACGGCACGGCAAGUACAUGGCGUGCUGCCUGAUGUACCGUGGCGACGUGGUGCCCAAGGACGUGAACGCCGCGGUGUCCCUCAUCAAGACGAAGCGCACCAUCCAGUUCGUGGACUGGUGCCCGACUGGGUUCAAGUGUGGCAUCAACUACCAGGCACCGACGGUGGUGCCGGGGGCCGACCUCGCCAAGGUGCAGCGCGCCGUGUGCAUGAUCUCCAACUCCACCAGCGUCGUCGAGGUGUUCUCCCGCAUCAACAGCAAGUUCGACCUCAUGUACGCCAAGCGCGCGUUCGUGCACUGGUACGUCGGCGAGGGCAUGGAGGAGGGGGAGUUCUCCGAGGCACGCGAGGACCUGGCCGCCCUGGAGAAGGACUACGAGGAGGUUGCUGCUGAGGGCGGCAGUGAUGACGGUGAGGAGGACGAGGAGUACUGA